AUGGUCGCCCGCAACCUUCCUUUUGCCGCCCUCGCGGCAACCGCAUCCGCCCUAUCAGUUCGUCGUGACGAGACGCAGUCCACUGCCGGUAGCGGUGUCGUUUCUCUGCCCGUCUUCCAAGACAUUAGAAUUCACCCUCUGGAGAAGCUGCGCAGAAGACAGGUCUCGGAUACAGACGCCCCGGUCCUCAACGUGACAACAACCACAUACCUGAUUGAGCUCAACAUUGGUACACCCGGCCAAGACACAAAGGUUGCCAUUGACACUGGUUCCUCCGAACUCUGGGUCAACCCCAACUGCGCCAAUGCUGGCAGCACCGCACAGACACAAUCCUGCAGAGCCAACGGCCAGUACGACCCUCAAGACUCUUCGACUUCGUCUGUUUAUCAACAGACAGGCCGUAUAAAGUAUGGCAAGGGAGAGGUCGUUCUGCAAUAUGUCAGCGAUAACAUCACCAUCCCCGGCAGCGAUAUCGCGCUGAGAGACACAAUCUUUGGCUACGCCACCGACAGUGUUGACCUCAACAGGGGCAUCCUCGGUCUUAGCUUCGGCGAGGCAACCAACAACACUGGUUACCCCACCGUUCUUGAUGAGAUGAAGGCACAGAAUAUCGUCGAGUCUCUCACUAUCGGCAUUGCGCUCGGAACCAAGGACGAGAAGACGGGCAGCGGUCUCAUCUCCUUUGGUGGCGUCGACACGAAGAAGUUCACUGGCAACCUGCACUCGGCACCCAUUCUUGGGCCUCAGAACAACGAGAACCUGUGGAGGUACUGGGUUCAGCUUGAUUCUGUGGGCCUGAGCAAGUCGGGAAGCAGCUCCAAGACAUACCCCAACUCUCAAUUCCCCGUCUUCUUCGACACUGGCGCAACUCUGAGCUACUUGCCUUCGGCUGUGGUCGACUCGCUUGGGUCCGACAUGGGCGGUCAGCUUGACUCUUCCGUCAACAUGUACGUGGUUCCUUGCAGCACCACAGGCACUAUCGACUUCAAGUUUGGCGACUACACCAUGAAGGUGCCCCUCCAGGAGUUCAUCUGGAAUGUCGGCAACAACCAAUGCGUCCUCGGAGCUGAUAAGGCAACCGACGGCUCAUACCUGCUUGGCGACUCAUUCCUCCGUUCGACCUACGUCGUUUUCGACCAGGAGACGCCCGCCCUCCACUUUGCUCCCUAUGAGAACUGUGGUUCCAACCUUCAGAAGAUCCCUCUUGGUGCAAACGCGGCCGCAAAGUUCACUGGCGAAUGCUCUGCCAACUCCACAAGUAGUGAUGGUGGCAGCAAAGGCAAAGGCAACGCCGCUGGUCGCUCAACGUCUGUCAAUCUCUGGCUUGCGGCCGGUGCCUUGAUUGGUGUUCAGGCCCUGAUGUCUUCCCUUUAA